UCUGUGAAGCAACUUAGUGAACUAAUGGAGCACGGUAACAUCACCUAUUUGAAGGAUUUGGAUUUGGCUCGCCGUGAUUACACUGUGAAGGUUCGUGUACUCCGUUUAUGGAAGCAACCCAUGUAUAACAAUCCAGAGCAGUUUUACUCAAUCGAAAUGAUCGUUGUUGAUGAAGAGGGAACCACCAUGCAAGCCAAUGUUCUCCGAAGAUGGUUUCCGAGAUUUGAACAACUUUUGAAUGAAUCAGAUUGCUAUUUCAUUGUCAAACCCACUAUUGGGUUAAAUGAGUCCAAGUACAAGUAUGUGGACAACAAAAACAAGCUGGGAAUCUACUGUGAUACCGAUGUGUAUCCAUGUAAGGAUUUCAAUGGUCCCAUCUAUGGGUUCUCAUUCACAUCCUUUAAGGAUAUCAUCGACAAAACUGUUCCAGAAAACAAAUCUAUAGGUGACUAA